AGAUUUGGUACGGAGCCAGUUCCUAUUGCACCUCCUCUCUUGCUCGUAGGCUGGUACUUGAGUUUCCACCAAGGAUUCAACAACUUGAGGCAGUCGAGAUUUACUUUCGGGCCACUCCUGUUACUGACCACCCAAAUCAAAAGUCUCUUGCCGUAGGCGGAGAAAGCGGUUUGCAUAAGUGACAUAGUGACUCCAGUUGCUCCCGAAGGACGCUGCAAACGCCACACCUCCGGCGGGGGCGCGGAGGCGGGGGCGGCUCCUCCUCCUCCCCUCCCGGCCCUGCGGUGAAUUUUGGUGAGUUCCUGCAGCGGCUGAGGGCACUAAGCCACUGUUUUAAGUUGAAGACAUCAUGGAUAAUUAUGAAAUAAUUAAAAAAAUUGGAGAAGGAUCUUUUGGCAAAAUAUUCUUGGCAAAAGGAAAAAUGGAUAAUGAGCCAUGUGUUAUCAAAGAGAUCAAUUUAACUAAGAUGCCUGUGAAAGAAAAAGAAGCCUCUCAGAAAGAAGUCAUUCUUCUGGCCAAGAUGAAGCACGCAAAUAUUGUAACCUUCUAUGCUUCAUUGCAAGAAAAGAACAAGCUAUAUAUUAUGAUGGAAUACUGUGAUGGUGGAGAUUUAAUGAAGCGGAUAAAUAUGCAGCAUGGAGUGCUGUUUGAUGAGGACCAGAUUCUCAGUUGGUUUGUGCAGAUCUCCUUGGGUCUGAAGCAUAUUCAUGAUAAGAAGAUCUUACACAGAGAUGUUAAAGCACAGAACAUUUUUCUUAGCAAUAAUGGAAAGGUAGCAAAGCUUGGGGACUUUGGCAUAGCAAGACAGUUAAACAGUACUAUGGAGUUUGCCCAUACAUGUGUAGGGACCCCCUAUUACCUGUCACCUGAGAUCUGUGAAAAUCGACCAUAUAACAACAAAACAGAUAUUUGGUCUCUUGGCUGUGUGCUUUAUGAGCUAUGCGCACUAAAGCAUCCUUUUGAAGGCAAUAGUUUGCAUGAGCUGGUGCUGAAGAUUUGCAGAGGACGUUUUCACCCAGUGUCUCCCAACUAUUCUUAUGAUCUGAGGAUAUUAAUUUCCCAGUUGUUUAAAAUAUCGCCAAGAGAUCGACCAUCCAUCAAUUCUAUUCUAAGGAAGCCCUUCUUGCAGAAACUUGUUCUCAAGUAUUUGCCCCCUGAGAUGACACAGGAAGAACUCAGUCACACUGUGAUACAUAAGAAAGCACCACAAUCUGGAGCCAGGCGGAUACAAGCAUAUAAACUUCAAAAAACAAGAAUUCAGGACCAAGUCUCUCUGGAAUCUGGAAUGGUGAUGCAUGUCAAGAAACAAGAAUUAUUUCGAAGAAAUGAAUGGAAACCCCCUUCAAGAGGGCAACAGCUUAUUUUUCAGCCACAGACCUCCAGAUUUAAUGUGGCAGAAAGGCCAGAAAGUAUCAGAGUAUGUGGCCAUUAUGGUCAUUACUAUGAGAAGCUUGACAACUUACAGAGGAAAGCUAAUGCACAUGAUGACCUUUCUCAUAUCAGCCAAAGAGUUGAAGAAUACUAUAAACUAAAAGGACAAGCUGCACCUGCACCACCACCCCCUGACUGGACUGCAGAAUUUCUUCAAAGGCGUUUUGAAGCUCAACAGUACAAGAUUAAAGCGGAAAAACAGCUGGGGCUGCGACCAUCCUCUGCUGACCCAUGUCAUGACCAAAUACGGCAGCAGAAAAUAAAGGAAGAGGAUCUGAAAAACCAUCAGCAGGACAUAUCUAGAAAGAAUGAAAUGAAAGAACAGGAGUACCUGAAACAACUGCAGAAAAUUCGUGAAGAAUACCACAGCCAUAUAAAAGAAUUCAGAUUUAGAGCCCGAAUACUCCAGGACAUGGAAGAAAACUUUGAACAAGUCCGAGUCCAGCAUAAGCAAUACCAAAAAAUCUUAGAAAAAAAACAUAACAGAAAGGGAGGAGUAAAGUUUGAAAUUAAUUUAGAUGUUUGUGUUCCUGAAGAAGACAGCAUUCAAGAAGCAGAGAUACUAGAUAAACUCAGUGAGACUUCAAGUUUUGUGGAUGGUGAGAAUCUUAAGGAGAAAUUGGUGGAAGUUCAUGAAAAUCAUAUAGACAGAGCUUUGGAAGAACUGUCUGGAUACCAAACAGAGUCUAAUGACAUAGAUGAUACAAAAAAAACCAGGAAACAUUGGCAAACUGGAGCCCCUCAGACACUACUGAAUUUUUUAGCUGAUGCUGAUGUCACAUCUCUAUGUCCUACUAUGGCUGAGGAUGAACUUGCUGACCAUGCUAUUCUGCCUGAAGACAUCCCAGAAAGCAGGAAGCAGUGGAAACAAACACCACCAGAGACUCUCCUGAACAUCUUAGCAGAAGCAGAGCUGUCUAAUGAUUCCUUUAUCUGUCUUGAAGAAGAAAUAGAAGGGAAAUUAACUCUGUUGCCUCCAAAAGAAAGCAAGAAAGAUGAUUCAGAAACAUGCUCUGCUGUUGCUGUUGAUGAAGGCAGACUUGAGCCAAGAUCAGAUGAUGAAGACACAAAUUUUGAAGAUUCUGAAGAUGAACUCAGACAUGAGCUGGAGGAAUCUCUGGAAAAAUUGGCAGCUUCUCCAGCAGAGAGAACCAUGGAGUCUCCCAUCUUUCCAAUGAAUAAAGGUCAAACAGAUGAACAAAAGAUGAGUUUACCUCAUCUACUACUUGGAAAAUCUGAUGAUGAUUUAGAAAAUAAUCAUGGCUAAUUUAGUGUUCACACACAUCACAAAAAAGGCAAGCAGGAAGCAAGAGCUACUUAGAACAUCAGCAGGGUUACUGUCGCAAAAUUUUAACUUGCUUGAAAUUUCAGCCACAUCAGUGACAAAAUUUAAGGAUAGCUGACAUUAAAUGCCAAGUAAAUCAACUGCUUUUCAACAGUGUUAAACGCUCAAAUAAAAUGGAUAGAAGGCUGUUAUUUUGUUUAAAAGGAAAAAAAAUCAGGCUACUUUUCAGAUGUCUGAAUGUUGAAAAAUCCUCAUCCAGACUGAAAUGCACUUUCAUCUGUUAUUCUAAACUACCUGGACAUCUCUGACAACUCUUGCUUGAGCAAAUUUCUGAUUGCAUACUCUGUUUAACCAUUUUUGUAUCAUGUAAGAAAUCUCCUAGUUUGUAUAUUUUACUUCCCUAGCUCAAUCAACUCCUAGUUUUAAGAAUCUCUUCCAUCUUUUCAUAAUCUCUUUGUACUGCCAGUACAGUUUUGUAAUCCAUAGUUUCAUUUACAAAGUACUGACCCAACAUAGCAUCAUCAGCUGCUCAGCAGUUUAAUAUAGUAGCAGUAAAAGGGUUUAUUAGCACCAUGAAAAUUGUGCAUUCCCCAAUUCCUAAUAAAACAUGGGAUGUAA